CACACACACACACACACACACACACGCUCCUCGUGGGCACCAGCUCACUGACGUACGUACGUCUCACACACACUGACUGACUGACUGAAUGAAUGAGCGUCUGUCUGCCUUCAGCCCGCAGACAUGGACUUCAGGAGUAUUGCCAAAGUGCAAUUGUAUUCUGGAGCAGAGGAGAAGCUCUGAAAUAAAGUUUGUACCAAACCAAAAGUAUUUUAACCACAGCGCAAUGAAGACAAGGCAACAAAAGAAAGACAAAAUUUGACAAAAAGAAGCACAGAAAACAACAAAAGCAUUUUCAAACGAAGGAAGCUAACGUAAAGACUUUUGUGGGACUAAACAGUCAGCUACCUUGAACAAACGUAUACACCUGCAAAUAUGAUAACCGAGAACUCAAGCUCUAAGAUGGACACCCCAACGAACAUCUCGCUGGUGGGCUCUGUUGAGUCUGUCACUGAGUCUAUUGAAUACAAGACUGUCUCUGUGUUCCUGGUUUUGCUGGUCUGUGGGGUGGGCAUUGUGGGCAAUAUUAUGGUUGUCCUAGUGGUCCUCACCACACGCCAUAUGCGUACCCCCACCAACUGUUACCUGGUUAGCCUAGCUGUAGCUGACCUCACCGUUCUGGUUGCCGCUGGAUUACCCAACAUCUCCGAUAGCCUGGUGGGAGCCUGGAUUUAUGGGCAUGCCGGCUGUCUGGGCAUCACCUAUUUUCAGUACCUGGGCAUCAAUGUGUCCUCUUGUUCCAUCACUGCCUUCACUGUAGAGAGGUAUAUUGCAAUAUGUCACCCCAUGAGAGCCCAAACAGUCUGCACUGUGUCCAGGGCAAAGAGGAUCAUCGCUGGCGUAUGGGUGUUCCCGUGUGUGUACUGCAUGCUCUGGUUCUUCCUGGUGGACAUUCAGGUGAACCGGGACAACCGGGUGCAGUGUGGCUACCGUGUGUCACGUGACCUCUACCUGCCCAUCUACCUCAUCGAUUUUGCCAUCUUCUAUGUUUUCCCCUUGCUCCUGGCCAUAGUGUUGUAUGGCCUCAUUGCCCGCAUCCUCUUCAUGAGCCCCAUGCCUCACCGUGCUGACACCGCAGCCACCGCUGCGGUUCGCGGGACCUGCAAGGAGUCGGCUGAGCCCGGAAACAAGGCCAGCCGCCCGGCACGCUCCAGAAGUGGUGUUUCAUCCAGGAAACAGGUGACAAAGAUGCUGGCUGUGGUUGUCAUCCUCUUUGCCCUACUAUGGAUGCCCUACCGCACACUGGUGCUCGUCAACUCCUUUGUAGCCACACCCUACCUGGAUGCUUGGUUCCUGCUGUUCUGUAGGAUCUGCAUCUAUGCGAACAGUGCCAUCAACCCUGUGGUCUACAACCUCAUGUCGCAGAAGUUCCGCGCAGCCUUCCGCGGCCUAUACCGGUGCCAGGAGCAGGAGGUCCAACGCCGUACGCUCUCCACGAUCAACACCAGCACCAGCGUGGUGAGGGACAUGCUGGACCCAUCUUUGGCUGCCAACGGGAAAAACAAGCAGCAGUGUAGUGGCGUAAAGGCGGAAAAAGAGAACAGAGGGGUGUCCUCCAAAGGAGAUGCACAAGAAAAGGAGAUUAAAGUCACACCCCAGUCCAUAAAGAAAGAAGUAACUACAACUCAUAAAUGGAUUCAGCAGAAAGCACUUUGUUGAAUAGAGAUUUCAUUUAACAGAGCAAGGAAGUGGAACUGCUCUUCACCUUCUGUUUAGACUCAUCGGAGUGACACUGACCUUCAUGAGUCAUUACAUUAAAGACAAGUCUAACUUAAACUAGCCUUGUUAUACCAUUACUCUGGGGACACAUCCAAGCGAGACUGACCUUGAUAAAUAUUGCUAUGACGACUCGUCUGAGAAUGGCCUUGUUGAACCAAUAAUGAUAUUGCACUUAAAAACUGAGCCCCACGGAAUUCUGUACAGAAGCGCUUUCUAAAGAAGAAGCCAUCUUUUCACAUGCUUUGUGUAUUGUUUAAUAUUAGGUCUUGUCAACUGGAUGUUAUACUUUUGUAUAAACACUGAUAUAACACACUGCAGCAUAUUAAAAGGGUGAGUGCUCUCCAUUAAACGUCAGACAUUCCUAACCCGUCAUCAAAAUCUUUAUGUUCAGCUGUAUGAUCAUCACAUUUAAAUUCACAAGCCUUCAAGUAGGAUCCAUCUGUUGUUACUGAUUCAAUGAAAUACGCACAUCAUAUAGAACUGUUAUGUGUUACUGUGGGCUUAGGCUUUGCUGGGCUUCAACAUCUGGUGUGAAAUCAACCAAAGGGAGAGCUGGGUACAGCUCAGAUGUGCCACCUUCUCAACCCCCAUCUUUCUCAGCAGAGCCCCUUGUCACCAUAACAGGAACCAUCUAGUUGUAAGUCCAUCCAUCUUCCCAUCUGCUCAAAUGUCUCUUUAUGACUCAUUCACUUUUUAUAAAAAUCUAACCUUUAUCUGUCUGUUCUGGCUGGUUUAUUUAACUCUCCUUCUUUGCAGUCUCUCAACCUUUUGCGUUUUGAUAUCUGCCCAUAUCUGGGGCAAGGCCAUAGACUUGAAAGCUGAAGUCCCUGGUUUCAAAGACCUCUUUCUCCUGGGUGACGCAGCAAGUAGCACUGGUACCCCACAGUUCUUGGGCUGCGCAUUCAGAUGGGGAUUUGAAUAUGGUUCAGUCUGUGUGAAAUUUGCAUCAUCUCACAACAAUUGGGUUUCCACCA